GAGAGGAGCAGAGCUGCUGCUGCUGCUGCCUCUUCUUCCACUCAGGACCUUGCAGGCUCAAGCACACAGCAGCUCACACGGGAGUGCAAUGGCCGAGGAGUAGGAGGCUUUCUGUCGGGCAUGUGCGAGUUGUCAAGAUGGACUGUUUGUUGUUGAUGUUCUCCGGGAGGCGCGACACCGCAGCCGUGGGUUGCUGUCAGGCUCCCGGCCGCCAGAGGAGACGAGGCUGCUGGAGGUGGACGCCUCUGUUGGCGGCCGUACUGAUCAGCCUCCUGCCUCAGAGCACGGCGUUCCCCUCUUGGAGGACCGAGGAAGAAGCUUACACCACUGUGUUGCUCAUCGGAAUGCGCAAAGAGGCCCACUCGCAAGUGCUUCACCUCUCCAGGAACAAGCGCUACACCCUCACCCCGGAGCAGCUCAAAUGGGACAAGCUCAAGCUCACAUACAAGUUACUGUCCUACCCAACCAACCUGAUCAAUGCCACAGACACACGUCGAGGCAUCGCCAAGGCCUUUUCCAUGUGGAGCGACGUCUCGCCCUUCAGCUUCCGUGAGGUGCCAGCGGACCAGGAGGCGGACAUAAAGAUAGGAUUCUACCCCGUCAACCACACAGACUGUCUGCAGUCCCGAUUGCACCACUGUUUCGACGGCAUCACGGGAGAAUUGGCUCAUGCUUUCUUCCCGCCGACAGGCGAGAUCCACUUUGACGACCACGAAUACUGGAUUCUGGGGAACAUGCGGUUCAGUUGGAAGAAAGGGGUUUGGCUCACGGACCUGGUCCAUGUGGCAACGCAUGAGAUAGGCCACGUGCUAGGACUCAUGCACUCUAGGGAUUCAAAAGCUAUCAUGCACCUGAAUGCAACACUGACAGGGCGCAAGCUCAUCACACAGGACGAAGUGUGGGGUAUGCACCGUCUCUAUGGAUGUUUGGACCGGCUCUUCAUCUGUCCGGCGUGGGCUCGUAAAGGCUACUGUGACAGCAAGCGCAAGCUGAUGCAGAAGCACUGCCCCUCCAGCUGUGAUUUCUGUUACGAAUUCCCCUUUCCCACUGUGGCUCCCACCCCAACUCCCCCAAGGACCAAACACAAGCUUGUCGUCGAAGGCAAAAAGCUGACUUUCCGUUGCGGCAAGAAAAUAGCAUCCAAGAAAGGCAAAGUAUUCUGGUACAAGGACGGCGAGCUGCUGGAAUACUCGCAUCCCAACUACAUUUCCCUGAAAGACGACCACAUCACGAUAGUGGCCAACGCCAUCAACGAGGGAUUGUACACCUGCAUUGUGAAGAAGAAAGACAAAGUUCUCACCAACUACUCGUGGCGGGUGCGCGUGCGAUUCUGAAUACACACACACAUUCACACUUGGGCACAUAUUUCUAUCUUUUUUACUUUCUAUGCAACUGUACUGUUGACAGUCAUAGUGCAAAUCAAAUAAACAUUCAAUGAGAAGAUG